AUGUCGUAUCAGCCAUGUACUGCACUUAUAACUGGCGGUUGCGGAUUUAUCGGGUCAAAUUUUAUCAACUAUGUGUUCGAAAAAUGGCCUACAACUUGCUUUGUCAAUGUUGAUAAAAUGAGAGAUGGAGUUUCUGAAACAAAUAUCGCUGAAAAAAUUCGACAUUCAAAUCGUUACAAACUUUUUAAGAGAACAAUUAGAGAUGCAGAUUUACUUCUCAGUGUUUUUUCAAAAUAUCAGGUAGAUACUGUAAUACAUUUUGCUGCACUAACACACGUGGAUGAAUCUUUUAAUGAUCGAAUGGGAACUAUUGAAGAGAAUAUUAUGUCUAUGACAAUUUUACUCGAGACAAUUACCUUUCGAUUCAGUGGUAUAAAACGUUUUAUACAUAUCAGUACAGAUGAAGUUUAUGGUGAAUCAAAAGAGAAUAGUUUGCCAAAAUCUGAAUACUCAGUGUUGAAUCCAACAAAUCCAUAUGCUGCUAGUAAAGCUUCCUGUGAAAUGAUUCUAAAUGCAUAUUGGCAUUCAUAUAAAAUACCAUUUAUAACAGUUCGAAUGAACAAUGUGUAUGGUCCAAAUCAAAGUGGACUAAAUUUGAUACCUAAAUUUAUAACUUUGGCGGUUGAAAACAAGCCUUUUCCACUGAUGGGUGAUGGCAUGCACAAAAGAAACUGGAUUCAUGUAAAUGAUUGUGCAGACGCAAUUAAACGUGUGUGUGAAAUGGGUAAAAUUGGUGACAUUUAUAAUAUUGGAACAGACUUUGAAAUUACUAAUUAUGAUGUAACGCUGCUGAUUCAUCAAACAGUCAAUGAACUGUUACAACGGGAGAUGAGUGAACCUAAAUUUGAAACUAUAAUUGAUCGACCAUAUCACGAUCGUCAAUAUUGCAUUGAUUUUAUCAAAAUUAGUCAAGAAUUGAAUUGGAAAGCUAUUAUUGAAUUUAGGGAUGGUUUACGUAGUACAGUAGAACAUUACGUGGAGCAGUACUUCAAGAAAUAUGCAGAUUGA